ACAUGUCAAAGUAAACGUAAACAUGUGAAAAGAAUGUUUAAGAUUUACGUUAUAUACUCUAAUCCACCUGGUUUUAAAAUGUGACAGUGAGUGACGAGGAUGCAAGAAAGAUGCGUGCUGAUAACCACGCAGUGGAACGCAGGAAUAGUCGUUUGUCUUUUGGCAGUCAGCUUGACUGGAUUUUCAGCUGGAAAGAAGGGUUUUCAUAAAGAUGUAGAAAAGGAGGCUUCUGUGAAUGGUCAUGCUGGCAGCAUUAAAGGGCAAGAGUUACUGGUCCUGAGGCCUUGGAAUCCAGGUCUGAAGACAGAGAAAUUCUCUAAAUUGUAUGAAAAAAGGAACAGACCAUUAAUAUACAAUGGAGAAAGAAUGAAAAAGACACAAAAUGGAGGGCAUGUCAACCUUAAAAAGCCAGAAGUAUCAAGGCAAGCAGUGAUGGCUUUCGGAGUUGACAAGCACUGGUCACCUUUGAUCUAUCGAAAUCCUCCACGGUUAAAAAAAGAAGUACUAAAGGGAAGGAAGAAAUUAAGAGAAAAUAGUGUUAAGAAAACACUAAUAAUGCAUAAAACUGUAAAGCAUUAUGGCAGCAUGAGACUGUAUUAUGACACGGAAGACAGGGGUUUAAAAAGAAGGCUCCUUGCAGUUGUGUCGUCUGGGACAGAGGAACAAGACAAGCAUAAAGAUAAGCAAGGGACAAGAGCAGGCGUACCAAGGCUUACAAAGGGAGACAAAUCUGUGAAUGUAUCAGCUGAAAACUCCACUGCAUUCCCGAUUCUGACAAAGAGAAGGUGGAGGAACAGAAGAAGUGGUGAUGCCAUGUGGGGACUGGCCUGCACCUCAUUCAUCAUCAUCCUGCUAAUAUGGGCAGUCUGGUUCUCCGGCAUGUGUAAGGGGAAGAGGGAGGAGUUUAUUCAUGUGGAAUAUUCAACAGCCAUUCAGCACAUGACUGUCAGAGAGAUGCUGAAGAAUAGAGCUCGCCAUUUACCAAUCUUCAAAUCAUUAUAUAAGAAGAAACAAGUUGACAUGAUCCCUUUAUUGGAGGUGAUGGAAGAAGUGGAGGAAGAGGACAAGAUGUUUGACCAAAAGUGGGAAAGUAUUGAAGGCGAAUCCUGACAGAGGAAGAGGACAAGAUGUUUGACCAAAAUGGGCAAAGUAUUGAAGGCGAAUCUUGACAGAGGAAGAGGACAAGAUGUUUGACCAAAAGUGGGAAAGUAUUGAAGGCGAAUCCUGACAGAGGAAGAGGACAAGAUGUUUGACCAAAAUGGGCAAAGUAUUGAAGGCGAAUCUUGACAGAGGAAGAGGACAAGAUGUUUGACCAAAAGUGGGAAAGUAUUGAAGGCGAAUCCUGACAGAGGAAGAGGACUAGAUGUUUGACCAAAUUGGGGAAAGUAUUGAAGGCGAAUCUUGACAGAGGAAGAGGACAAGAUGUUUGACCAAAAGUGGGAAAGACAUUCAAUAGCAGGCAACCAAAACAUAUCCAGUAUGUUGCUACAUGUAUACCCAUGUACAACUUUCUCUUUUAAGGUCUUAAGUGUGAAUUGACCCAGGAUUGACCCUGGAUGUACCGCACCUGAUGCAGACGCUCAACCAGCUGAGCUAUCGGGGCCGGUCAGGGAAACUUAUGAACAUGGUCAGUUUUCUUCCAUUCUCACAUACAUGCAAUGUUACUGAACUGCAGGUACCUGCAAAGUGGCAGGAAUUUUGAAUUUUACAUUAAACAAAAAUCAAAUAAAUAAAGAAAUUACAUAUCAGAUGUCAUCACAUACUGUAGUCUAGUAGCUAGGGGUCUGACAGAUGCUGUGUAGUCUCUCUCGUGGGAACAGUGCAAGGUACUGACUGAAAAUUAAGUGAUGUCAACUCAUGCUGGCCUAAUAAGGAUGACCAAAUUUUUAAAAAUAGCAUCGGUACUGUCAGUGUGUCUUGGACUGGGAGAACAUCUCAGAGAAUUGAAUUUUUUUUAAUAUUCAGUAGUUUAUCCAUGUGGCCUUUUUAAAAACAUCUACAUUUUAUAAGGGUGCUCUCACUGUAUUCUACUUGUCAAGCCACUAUCUCACUACUAGCACACCCUUAGCAAGCAUCUGGCAGCUUACUGUCAGUCUACUAUCUCACUACUAGCACACCCUUAGCAAGCAGCUGGCAGCUUACUUUCAGUCUACAAUCUCACUACUAGGACACCCUUAGCAAGCAGCUGGCAGCUUACUGUCAGUCUACAAUCUCACUACUAGGACACCCUUAGCAAGCAGCUGGCAGCUUACUGUCAGUCUACAAUCUCACUACUAGGACACCCUUAGCAAGCAGCUGGCAGCUUACUGUCAGUCUACUAUCUGCACAGGCUGCAGGGAUACUUUAAUGACUUGUGAUUAAUGUUGACUGGUCAAAAGUAGAACUUUACAGUGCUCCUUCCCAUGAUGACCAGGUCAUCAUUACUGUAGGAAAUAAUGCUGUGCAUAAUAACUGUGUGAUUUUUAUGUAGUUAUAUCACUCGUAGUUCACUUUACAAAUCUUUGUAUGGACUCGUUGGACGUGUAAAGGUUAUGUGUGGGACUGUGCCAGAUAUUCUGUAAACUCAUAACAUAGUUUAUUCCCCAGGGUAACGCAGGACAAAGUUUGAAAAAUCCGCCUGACCUGAUGUGACAUAUUACCAUUUUUAUAGUACUUGACACCUUGCAUAUUCUGUGUAGUAACGUAAAUGUUGUGUAGGCUUCACUCUCUCCUUACCGGUAACAGCCAUUUUGAUUGUUUACAAUGAGCGAGUGCUUCUAAAGAUUUGUUGUCAACCCAACUCUGCCUAACUUGGAGUCCGGCGUAGCAGGGAUUUCAAUUGUCUCUCCCCCAAGGUAAAUAUACGAGGUGCUUUAAUGAAAUAUUACUUUAGGAAUAGUGCUCCUCAGGUAAUAAAGGCACAAAAGCACCUGUUAACUAUAUUUCCAUUGGGAUAGUUGUCUGCAUUUUUCUCUGGAAAAGUAGUUUCCCAAAUUUGGUUGAUCGGUAAAGCUUGGAUGUGAUUGGUUAACUUUGGUCACAUGGUCAAUAGCCUGUUGGGUAUAAAUAGAGAAGCUUUCCAAGUAUUUGCAGAUGACACAUGGAAUCGCAAACGGCAAAAAUUUUACUACAUAAUAAUUAAUACAUCCUGUAGUGAAUACCACUGCAUUGAGUGGUAAAUGAAUGGAUGGUUGGAUAUUUUAUGUAUGUAAAAUACUGUAGUUUGAUAUGGGAAAUAAGGCUAGUAAAAGUUGUGCCAUCUCCCAUUACACUCAACACCAAGCCUAAUACAUUAGAACACAUUAUAUAUAAAGGUGUAUGUAUCAAUGAAUUUGUGAGAUAUCACAGUACAUAUAUUCAGUGUGUAUAUCAGAAUACAGAAGUAUGUGUUACAGCCAAUAUUCACUUACGUUUAUUGGUCUUGUACUGAUCAGCUGGUUGAUUAUUUAUGUCGCUGGUCUAGGUAGAAUUUCAUUAUGUGUUCUUUCAAAUGCAGUGGAGGCCUAUUAACAUACACCUGUCUGUCUCAGUGUGGGUGUACCUGUAGGUGUGUAUUUUUUGAGAAAUCCUCAAUUAAUAUACAUGCACACACACUUGUGUAUGUGUAUUUCAUUCAGGAUUUCUGAAGGGCUGUUUGAGAUAGAGCUUCCAGAUUUGGUGCACACAUCUUUUGUGUGGUGGACAUGACCUGAUUAAACUUUGAGCCUAGGCGAGAAUGGGGGAAUAGGGUGAGGGGUUGGUCAGUUGUUUGAUUUUCCACUCAUUCUUUGUCUUACGCUGUACACGUAGUAUUAUUCCUUCACGAUUCAGGAAACCAACUGUCUUGUAUGUACUUCUUUACAAACAAGGGCGUAAGUGUUUUUCAUAAACAUCAUAGUGCAGCGUCUAGUUGUGUACUAAAUGUCAAAUUUGAGUGUGUGCUUUACCAGCCACCAGUCCAUGAUUAUAACGUAAUUCGCAUGUACAUUGUCUUGAGAGUUGCAUUGCCAUACAAGCAG